AUGCUGCGGUUCCCUGUGAAGAAAAUACGGAAGCAAUUCAAACUCCUUUUGCUGUUGGUCCUGCUCACGUUCGCGAUCUGGUUCACAUACCUUCACAUCAACCAGGGAAAAUCAAUCAAACUUCAUUUCAACUACGGCAAAGAUGGAGAGAGACAGACGGAGGGCACCGACGCCAAUCGAAAGAGAGACUCCCGUUUAUCUGACAGCCGUCGCAAGAACGACGAUGCCAGCGACAGCCGUGAGGAUGAGGCGGCUGACGAUGAACCUAACGCUGGAGGUGUGGACAGCAGAGAUCAAGCAGAGAUCCGGAAGUUUCUAGCUCAGAAGCAAAAGUCGUUGCCAUGGAAACCGGAGUACAAAGGUCAGGCGAACCUCCAUGUGUUUGAAGACUGGUGUGGUUCAUCUGUGGCACAACUAAGAAAGAACCUCCACUUUCCACUGUAUCCUCAUACAAGGACCACAGUGAAAAAGCUUGCAGUGGCUCCCAAGUGGAAAAAUUAUGGCCUGCGGAUAUUUGGUUACAUUCAUCCUUAUAAAGAUGGUGAUUUCCAGUUUGCCGUGGCGUCUGACGAUAACUCUGAGUUCUGGCUGAGCACAGACGAGAGCCCAGUAAAUGCCAGGCUCCUGGUCUACGUGGGACGGUUGGGCUCUGAAUGGACUGCUCCAGGGGAGUUCAGCAAGUUCAGGUCUCAGUCCUCCAAGUCCGUCCACCUUAUCUCAUCAAGACGGUACUACUUUGAGAUUUUACACAAGCAGGAUGACAAAGGCUCAGACCAUGUUGAAGUUGGGUGGCGGCCUUUUCUGCCAGGACUGAAGUAUGAGGUCAUCGACUCAACCUAUAUCUCUCUUUACGCUGAUGAGUCCAGUCUAAAGAUGAACAGUGUGGAUCACAUCCCUCAGUCUCUGGCCAGCCACAGCUACAUCCCAGUGGAGGUUCAGGCCACCAACCAACAUGGCGCCGACAUGCUGAAACCAGACCCGCGUGACACCUUCUUCAACACACCCAUGAUUGACCCUGCACGUCUGGAGAAUGUGCUGCCUGCCUGUCUCUACGCCCCCACAUAUGUUGUGAAAGACUUCCCUAUUGCCCGCUACCAAGGCCUGCAGUUUGUCUAUCUGUCCUUUGUCUACCCGAACGACUUCACCCGCCUGACUCAUAUGGAGAGAGAGAACAAGUGUUUCUACAGGGAGUCACCUAUCUAUCUAGAGAAGUUUGGCUUCUACAAAUACAUGAAAAUGGAUGAGGAGGAUGACCAGCCCUUCUUUUUCCCCAAUCCAGAUGAUUUUCUUGAGGAAGAGGAAGGGGUGGACCCAGAGGAUGAGGUGGAAAUGGUGGGUACCCAAUCACCAAAGAGGGCAGUCCAUCCCAGCCAGACAAGCCACACCCUCAGACCCUCCCAUAGGGAAGGCCCAACAGGGGCAGAGAGGCAGGAAGAGGAACUUGACAGUCCCGUGGUCAGGAGAGAACAGAGGCGGUUCUUCCCCAGGGAGGAGCGGAUGGACGGGGGGAGGCGCAGAGGAGUCAACAGAGAACCUCCAGAGGCCCAAGAUAUCGAGGCAGAACAAGAAGACUCUCGAGGCCCCAACGUGGUGCACGGUCGCUCUCUCUCCUGGAUCCGGACGGGCCCUGACGAGCUGAAGAGGAGAGGACGCUCGGAUGCAUCGCCCAAAUUCAGCCGGUCUUCUCUGCUAUUUCCCCAAAAAUCUUCUCUUUCCGCCCUCACUAGCCGAGCCAAGGAGAUCCUCAGCAACUCUGCCCAUGCUCUGCACUCCCCAAUCAACAACCACGCCAACAAGGACCGCAAGAAGGACGCCAACAAAAUUUACAUCACCAGACCACGGCCAGCCGCAGAGAAGAAAACCCCCGUCUCCCGCCAACCAAGGGAGGUGUUCCCAGGGGUCUUUUUGUAUCAGAAUGGCAAGACUACCAAGCUGGUCAACCUUAAUGCCAAGCCCCAAAUCAGUAAAAGAGCACUGAGUGCAUCCAAACUGCUCCCCAAACCUCCUCAACGGGAGAACAGAGUGUUCCCUCUGAAUGGCAACAUUACCUUGCAGGAUGUCGCUCACCAGUCCGCGGGCAGAGUAGCAUUCCUGAGCCGUUCCGAAAGAAGGAGAGGAGCGUCACGGGAAGAACCAGCGACUCCUGUCAGGAGCAGUACUGCCAAACCUCCUCCUCCCACAGCCCCGUCCUUUAACUCCUCAGAGAACGCUCUCCCGACGGAGGCGCGCGUCACCUCCUACAUGAGGACCUCUGAGAUAACUGAGUCUCAGCAGCAGGCGGGGGCAGAGCCUGAGCAGGAGGAGGAAGGCGGCCUAUCAGAAUACAGCUACGAGGAAGUGGAGCCACGCCCGGGGUGGGCGGAGGAAUCUAUUAACUGGCAGCGGACCUUCUCUGUGAACAGCAUGGACUUUGAAAUGCUGCGUUCAGACUGGAAUGACCUGCGAUGUAAUGUGUCAGGCAAUCUGCAGUUGGCUGAGAGUGAAGUGGUGGACGUACUGGCUCAGUAUAUGGAAAAACUCAAUGAGCGCAACGGAGGCAUCUACACGCUGCUCCGCAUCAUUAACGUGGAGAAACGGAGAGACUCCGCCAGGGGAAAUCGUUACCUGGUGGAGCUGGAGCUAAUGGAGCGGGGUAGGAACGUGGUGCGUCUGUCUGAGUACAUCUACCUGCUCCUGCACCGUGGACGGGUGGAGGACAGCCUGGAGAACAUGGAAGGGGCUACUGCUUCUGCCCCCGCCCCACCCGUCUCCACCCACGCCGCCCCUUCCUCUCGCCCCCUUCCCGGCACUCGAGGUGCCCGGGCAACCACUCAGUGGGGCACAGCAUCUGCCAAACCACUGCUCUGCCAGCCCGUCAUGUUACAGUGGAGGCGAGAUGUUAUGGUACACUUUGUGGUGCCAGUUAAGAACCAGGCUCGAUGGGUACAGCAGUUUAUCUCCGACAUGGAGUAUCUCCACCGCGAGACCAAGGACGAGAACUUCAACAUCAUCAUCGUGGACUUCCAGAGUGAAGACAUGGAUGUGGAACAAGCACUGAGGGAGAGCUCAGUGCCCAGGUAUGAGUACCUGAGGAGAGAGGGGAAUUUUGAACGUUCAGCGGGGCUCCAGAUCGGAGUGGAUACUAUUGAGGACAGUCACAGUAUUGUGUUCCUAUGUGACCUGCAUAUCCACUUCCCCCUCAACAUUCUGGAGAGCAUCAGGAAACACUGCGUGGAGGGUCGCCUUGCCUUCGCUCCCAUCGUCAUGAGGCUGGGCUGUGGAAGCUCUCCUAAAGAACCUGACGGGUAUUGGGAGGUAAAUGGGUUUGGCCUCUUUGGGAUUUAUAAGUCGGACUUUGACAAGAUUGGCGGGAUGAACACUGAGGAGUUUAAAGAUCGCUGGGGAGGUGAGGACUGGGAGCUGCUGGACAGAGUGCUACAGAACGGUUUGGAGGUAGAGCGACUGAGACUGCGAAAUUUUUUCCACUACUACCACUCCAAGAGAGGCAUGUGGAACUCACAGACAAAGAAAAACCCCAAGGGAUAA